AAACCAACUAUUUCUUUUUUUAUUUUCUUUUUUACUUUUUCACUUAUAUUUUCAAUCUCCCCCCUCUCCUAGUCUGAACGACAUCUAGCGGCUAGAAGCGGCAACUAACUGGAAGCGAUCGUAUUUCACACCGCCGGUUUUUCUUUUCAAUCGCGGGGUCCCAUUUGUCGGUCUCUCUCUCUUUCUCGUCUUCACAUAUAUACUACUCGAGAAAAAGGACUUGAAAGUGAUUUACAGCGUGAUAAAUCUGUUGAAUUAAACAUGCCGACAGUUACAUAAGCGUUAGCCGUCCUUGGUCUCUCCAGAGACUCUUGUGGCUGACUGUCGAAUUCGAGGAGUGUCUCCAGCCACAAAACGGUUGGCCAACUGCCAUCGAUACCUUUCAAAUGACAUUGAAAUCACGGCUUGUUUUAUUUCUUUGCCAGUCUAAAAUUAAAAAUGCGACAUUUUUUUUUUCUCCCCGCCAAUUUCGCUGAAACAAAACAAAUAAUAAUACAAGAUGGCUGCUGACGACACGAAAAGAUCGUCUGCAUCGUUAAGACACACACACAUUUCUCGACUCGAGAUCGGGCGCGUGUGUGUUAUUUGGUCUGCCUCCAUUGCUGCCAGUGGUGUGGGUGUUUGGUGACAAGUUUUCUUGUUUUGUUUCAUCAAGUUCCGAUCGUUCGUUUUUCGGUCUUGUUUCAAAAAAUGGCGAGCCAGGCAUCUCAGAACUUGCAAACAAGAAGCAGCAAGGCGAAACCAAGUACAUCAGCAGCAGCAGCAACAGCAUCCGAAAAUAAUUCUGCGGUAGAACUCCUCCUCCCAGCCUGCAACAACAACAACAAUAACAACACGUUGGCGAGAUGGCCGUUAUCCAAAUAUUCUAACUUUAUCAUCAGCCAAAGGCCGGGUGUUGGAACGUGGCAAGAGAGAACGGCAGGAGAGCCCCAUGACAUGUGGAUUCAAAUUACCCAACGUCGUUACAUUCAGAUUCUUCACGGUGACGUGUUACUCGAGUGUAUCAACUUGUCGGAGGCCCAGGGAGUGUGGAAGGCCAUCAGACGGGGACCCAACAUGUUGUUCGUCGUUUCCAAUAGCAAGGUAAGGGGCUGGUUGGCCACAUGUCAAACUUUCCUCGGCUUUUGUUUAUUUGUUUGUUAUUUGAGGUUUUUUGUUUAUUCACACAUUUAUAAACGCUUAUUGAAUUCUGUCACGCACCAGGAAAGCAGCCGCAAAUUUCGUAUUCGCUUUCAGCCAAACAACCAGGAAGAACCGACGGCCGUGGCCUACGCUUGCGCCUGUCACCUGUCCCGCUUUUUUACUUUGCACGACGCCGAUCGACAAGGUCAAGACGACGACCAUCCACCUUCUUGCACCAUCUCGAUCAAGCAGUUGGCCAUCGCCGUCUUGGAUCCUCAAAAUUCCAAAUGGCCUUCGGAUUAUACGGAAAUUGGCGAGUCUCCCGAACUUGUGCCGGACCUCCUACGUUCUUGCCUAAUGGAUCCUAAUUUCCCCGCUCUGGUCGAGGCUGUGGAAAGUUCGCUGAAGAAGUUGAUGAACUCGGACAAUUCGAGUUAAAACCAAAUUUUUCGUCAUGUCAUUUUUUAACCAGGCAAUCGUAAUUUUUGUAACACAGUAAUAUUUAAAUGAGUCGUUUGUUUUUUCAUACACAAGACGGUUUUUCUUUUCUUUAUCUUUUAUAUUUCUUCUCGUUUCUCCAUGUGAACACCUGGCCAUGUUUCCAAACACGAAAACAAAAAAAUAAUAAUAAUAAAUGUGGAAGAAGGAGCGGGAGGAUGCGGAGGAGGUCAUGAAAGUAUUUGAACAAGGAAAAAAGCAGCGUAUGUUUAUUUUGUUUUAAAUUAAUCCAGGUUUCUUUGUCCACGACAGCGAAACUAUUGAAUAAAGCAAGGGGGUGGAAGAAAAAAUAGCGCUUUUGUUUUUUUUUAGUAGGAUAUAUCAUCAUUAGAUUAUUAAUAAUUAAGAAGACUAUAAUAUAUCGGAAGAGAGAAAGAGAGGGAACGACCCGCCAUUGUAUUAAUCUGCAAAUGUUUUCGGCCUGUGUGUGUGUGUGUGUCAUUUUUAAUUUUCUUUUGUAAAUAAAAACAAAAAGAAAACACACACGAAAGGUAAAAAAGAAAUAAUCAUCAGGUUAAAGCGCGGUAACACCCUCGAAAACACAUGGCUAAAUGUUUUUUUGUUUCGGGAUUUAAAAAAAAAAAAAUGUUUUUUGAAAGGUAAAUAAUCAGCAGCGUCAGAGGGUUAACUAGACGAACAAAAAAAAAAUUCAAGACGACCAAAAAAAAGGUAAAUGAUUUGUGUAUAAAAAUGAAAAAAAAAGCCACAAGUGACGUCCCCCAAAACGUGUAACGUCUCAAAAAUUUCUAAUACAAUUGUCACGAUGUUGACUCUCUCCCCCACCCAAAUUGAAGAACAAAACAAAUCGGUGAUUUAAACAGUUUGGCCACUUUUUUGCGUCUCCUCUUUUAAUUCUUAUUCUUUUAAAAGUUAUUAUUUUUAUAUUUGAUUUUGCGUGUUUUUUUUUCGUGUGUGUGUGUGUAAUGUGUGUUUCUCUGCUUAGCAACGACUAGACUUGCCCUGGACGCACUCACGCCCUUAUUUUUCUUCUU